GCCUCCGCUGCUCCUUCGCCACCGAGCUGAGAGGAAGCGGAGGAAAGGACGGGCACGGGCCGAGCACCGACGAGCAGCGGCAGGGCCGGGGCUGCGGGCGCCCGGCGGAGGCAGGGUAUGCCAUGACGGGUUGCAGAUUGCCGCUUGGCGCUUUUAGAAAUCUAAAUGUUUGGCUUGGUCUCUUGGAGAACUCUCCUUAUAAACUCUGCACACCCUGGAAGAGGCUUCUUUAUUCUGCAAGCCAGCAGCAAGUAACGGCAAUUGCCCCAAAACAUUUAUGUGUUUCUCCUUUAAAACACCAAGUAUUUUUAACACCAUUGCCCAAAAGUGCACUGAGGAUUUCUGUAUGUCUCAAAAGCAACAAAAGUUCUCGGAAGAACGCAAAACAAACUGUGCCAGAGGAGUCUGAGGAGGAAGAUGAAAACAAAGAGAUAAGUGAUUCAGAAGAUGAGUUUGAGGAUGAUUCUACUAUAGUGAAAGAUUACAAAGAUCUUGAAAAAGCAGUACAGUCUUUUCGAUAUGAUGUAAUAAUGAAAGCUGGUCUAGACAUUGCAAGAAACAAAGUGGAAGAUGCGUUCUAUAAUGGUGAACUCAGGCUGAAUGGAGAGAAACUAUGGAAGAAGAGCAGAGCGGUAAAAGUCGGUGAUACACUGGACCUGAUAAUUGGAGAGGACAAAGAAACAGAAAGUGCCGUAGUAAUGAGAGUUGUCUUAAAGAAGGCCUCCGACAAGGUCAACGAUGAAAAAUACAGAGUGGUGUUAAGGCGCUGGAGGAACUUAAAGGUGCCCAAGCAGGAUGUAUUUAAGUGAACUAGGAUUUGCAUGUGGCAGAGGUUUCCUUGUGAACAACUGUUGGUUAUACAAUAUAUGAAUUUUGGUUAAACAAAAUUCCUGCAUUCUUUUUUAAAGAAAAUAAUAUUUAAAUGGGUAUGCGAUGGCAUGAUGCCACCUUCCUUACUAUGAACAUCACUUUGCCCGUGACUUUUUAGUUUGCUGCUUUUGUUCCAUACUGAGGGAGAAAGCAAUGUUUCUAUGAAAAGAUAGAACAAAGGAAUAAAAGGGAAGGCUAAUUUUAAAUAUUCUCUGCUUUUGUUUAAAUGACAUGACCCAGAAGCCCAAAACUAAACAACUUGAGUGGGAAGAAAGCCUGGUUUUUCUUUACUCAUUGUGUGGUGUGAUAACAGUAGCCAGUCAGUCAGGAACCUGGUUUUUCUUUUCUUUUUUUUUAAAAAAAUAAGCCCAACCUGGUAGAUUAACAAUACAGCUUUCCAUUUCCAUGUGUAAUCACUGAGCUGUGGUGCUGAUGGUUUAUGGUUGCUUUCCUUUUACAUAUUGUCUGGUGGUACCUUUUGUGAAAUGUAUUUUAGUAUGCUGGCUGCUAUGUUUACUAGAGCAGAGUUCCCUUACUCAUAGGGGACAUGGGUAAGAUCAGGUAGGCCUAGUGCUUCCAUGGAAUGAUUUGUCUCAGGAACUCCAGGGUCUAUAGGGAUUGGCUUAGCAGUGCACUGUGUUAUAAAGCCAUAGUCAUGUACACUGCACAUGAAAGCCCCAUGCUUGUUCCAGUGAGAGUAUGGACAUCUUAAACAUGUAGAUUGCUCCAUCACUUCAACCCAAGUAGUGGUUCUGGAUGCAGAGCCCCCUACAUACAAAGUGAUUUCCUCUGCAGAUGUAUACAGAAGUCUACAUGCACACUGGAACACAGCCGAGUCCCUGGAUCAGACAGCAUAGGUCUACAAAUUUUAAUGGGCAUUAGCUUUGUAUCACAAAGUACAGAGAUUCUGUUUGCAGGCAACUUAUUGUGUCCCAUGCAUUAAUUUGGACAUGCAGCUUAGUAAAACACCUGUAGAAUUCAGUUUGUUUUCAUAUCCACUGUAGAUUAUGGGCUCACCCACACUUACCUUUUGCCCAUGCUUUCUAGAAACAGGUUCACACUUUACAAGCAGUUUCCGAGCAUUUUUUGUUGUUGGCGGCAGCACUUUCCCCAUGAAAAACCACUCUUUAAUGCCUAAUUGGAAUGAAUGGCAGUUUGGGUUAGCUGCGGAUUGUUGUUUGCUCUGAUUCAGCAGGAAAGAGUGCGUCUUUGCAUGGAAAGCACUUGGGAAAAGAAAAAGAAGCAGUGCUUUAAAGUGUGGACCUGUGCCUAAAAAUACGGCACAAAAGUAAGUCUUGAUGAGCCCUUAGCAACCAGAUGAGGAAGUGCUAGAGGAUAAAGAGAAAAUCAUGUGAAAAUAUAAUGGUCGCCUUAUCUCAAACACUCAUGUGAUAUAGGAAAUCAAAGCACAUGAUGCCACUUUAAAGGUAAGUAUUGUAUGUCACCCUAAAAAUGCUUCCUCCCCCCAAGAUUGUUAUUUUUGUUAAUACAGAAUUGUGUCUGCCUUCAAAUGUCAUUUGUUCCCAUGUGAAUAAGAAAUUCUAGUGUUAAAACUAGCUUAAUAAAGUCCUUCAAAAUAUAUGAAA